UCCCCACUAUCCAAAAAUCAACCCUAUCUUCUCCUUCCUCCAGAUUACUCAUCAGAUUGGGGGAAAUAAGAACCCAACCCUGACCCUUGACGAGCUCACCGGUGAUGAUAUGAAGGACGACGACGAUGAAGAGGACGGAGGCAGUAGCAACAGAUGCUUACGCUGGGUUGGGAGGUAUUGGAAAUUAUCAGGUUAUCCAUGGCUAGGAAAAGUUUUUAUGUUGUGAAGAGAGGUCGACGAUGUGGUAGUUUUAAUAAUUGGGAGGAAUGCAAAUCUCAGGUAGAUAAGUUCCCAAAUGCCUCCUACAAAGGGUAUGCAACAUACGAAGAGGUUUUGAUUGAAUGGGAGAAGCACACACUCGCUCGUGAUUCAGCAUCCAGCUCGAGGCCUGUCCAAACAUUUGUUUAUGCUCAAGAACAAAGAUAUCCAGUGAGCCAUAAUCUGGAUGUGGACAAGGAAAAACAUGGGGAAACUUCUAUUUUCUCUAUCUAUGCUUUUGUAUUAGGUUCAUUGUUUACAAUAUUAGUAUUUCUAGUAUGUAUCGUUGCGGUAUUUGUUGGUUUCUCCAUUGCAAAAAACAUGUGAUGUAAUUUGUGGCUGAGCUUACAUUGGUUGGAUAAACUUACAUAAUUUGGGGAAUCAGAUAUUAUUUAAGGAGUU